AUGAGCUCGAGUUGGAACUGCUGGGCAGAGACCCGGAUACUAUUCAGCGGAUUCUGGAAAAGUUUACCGAAAAGUUUGACUGUAUAUACAAUCGCCGACAAUCGCAAUACUCCCGUCCAAUUAUACCGGAAUCAACUGAAAUGGAUUCAAAUUCACGCCACUAAUGACAGCCCUAGUGAUGAUGGCCUACCGGCACUGGUAGCCCAAGAGUCGAGUGAUAUUACUGAUACUGAACCGGAUAUACCUAAUAAUUAUAGUCAAGAAUAUUCUGUUUAUAAUAAGACUAGUGAUGAGUUUGAAAGUAAGGACGAAAUGUCUGUCCCGAGCGUGGAGUCCGUGGAAAGUGAGACACAAUUUCUAAAUAAUGUUUCGUUCGAUGACUUCGAUAUCGAAACUCUAAACUAUAUUCUUAUGUCGAAAUCGCCGUUUGAUAUGAGUUUGAAAUCUAAUCUCGAAGUCGUUAAUGAAGAGGAAGAGGAGGAAGAAGUGGAGGAAUCUGUCGCUGAAGUCACAGAAGAAUCAGUGGAGGAAUCGUUAGAUUAUUGCGAAGUGUCUGAAGAAUAUUCUGAUGAUAACAGCGAUAAUAAAGACGAUAAUAAAAGUGAAAAUUUAAUUGAUUUCGAUCAUAAUAUUGACUCGGAUUUUGUGUCCGAAGACGUGAGUUCGAGUCCCGACACUGUCCGCACUAUUAGUGAACAUCAUGAUGAUGAACAUCAGCCGGAUAAUAUAAAUGAGAUGAUGGCCGCCAAUGAUGAGACAAAACCACACGAAAACAGUAGACAAUCAGAAUCUGAUUCUGAAAGUAAUACCUCAAUGGAUAGCCAACAGAAUGAUAGGACAUCGACUGGUCAUUGGAGGAAAUACACUACAAAAGAGCAAUACCUGAGCGACGAGUUGAGGGCC